CGUGUCGCGCGCUUCAUCAUCAUCAGUGUUGUAUAGGCGGUGAGGAGGCGACAAAAGUUGUAACCGUCCUGAACUCACACGACAGGCUUCACAACAGCGCGGGUUUUUGAAGUAGUGAGUUGAAGCAAAGUGCGUUUGUCGCGUGUGGCUUCACGGCUUUGAAGACGCUGUCGUGUUCACCAGGUACCGCCGUGGAAAAGUUGCUGCCGGGCACCCCGUGGGGUUUAAAGUUCAGCUAACAGUAGCGUCACUAGCAGCGAGUUAGCCCCGCGUCUUCACAUUAGUUUUGUCACAAUGGCAGCUGUGUGCCAGCCGCGACGAGCCCUGGUGGAAAUACCUCCUCCGCAGCCCAAAAUCGCAGCUCGAAUGAGGAGGUCCUAUCUAGAAAUUUUAAGUGCUCGUUUGGCUCCAUCUCCAUUUCCAAGAGGGAGAAAAGCAACCACACACACCAAGCGUGUGCACUCAUUGGACUUGUCCAUUGGUGGGGUGUGGAGUGGGAGGAUAGAGGAGCAGUGUGAUAAGAUGGACGAACCCCAUACCCCUCUCUCCAAACAGCAGCUUGUGCAGCUAAUCCGAUCCCUCAUCUUAGUCGAGCAGAGCCAAGAACCGAGGAUCCUGGCGUCCGACCUGAAGUCUCUCCAGGAAGACCUGCAGCUGAAGAAAGCAAAUGUUUACCGGUCGAUACCAUACUCACGGCUUGGCUCCAACAGGGAUGCUCACUGCUAUAGAAAGGCAUAUCCUCACCUGGUGGCGUUCAAAGUUUCAUGUCAGGAGUGGGGCCAAGUUCUUCUGAGGAACAAAGAGUGGGACGCCGUGUUGGAGCACACACUGAUGGCGUGGCGCUACACCAGCGAGUUGCCGCAGUGGGAUACGGCGAGCCAUAACGCUCUCCGAGAACAGUGUUACAGCAUCUUGGCAGCUCAGAGCCUCACUGCCCUGCAGCACUUACACCCCGGGCCCAACAGAGGACGCGAGCUGCUCAGAAGGUUGAAAAUGGCUCAGUUGCACAGCCAGUCGAUUGUGCCCUGCAUUCAGGAGCUGCAGAGGAUUAUGGGAUGUGCUGAUGACUCCUCCAUGGACACAAAAUAACAGGAGAAACACUAUCUGACCAGCUGGCUACACCCUGGUGAACGGUGUGCUUCAUUGAUGGCCUUAAUAAUUUCUAUGUGGUACAGGGCCAGAAUCCUUGUACAUGGUGGUGCUUGUUUGGAGAAACCACUACAGUAUUCUUCCAGAGGUCAGGGUAGCAAUGGAAAAUGUGCCACAUAGCACAAGUUUGAAAAGGUAAUGACAACGAAAUGCAAUAAAACCUCUUAUUUAAUCACAUUGCAUUUUUAUAUGAACUGGAAAAUAUUGUUAGUGGAACAUUUGUUGCACAGCACACCUCAUGAUGUAUUUAUUGUUGGUUGGUGUAAGGGUAUGCUGAUAUUUUAUCUAACAGCCUAUUCCAAAAAAUGUAUUGCCUUUGGAGGAACAUUGAUACGAGUAAUGUCAUUAAAAUAUUUGUAUUUUUUUUAGAACUUUGUAUAGAAUAACUUGCAUUGAGCAGUGUGAAAUGGCCUUUGGUGUUGCUGUAUAAGGGUGUGUGUGUGUGUGUGUCCUUGUGACCGUUUACGAUACUUGAAACUGUGGCCUUAGCCAUCUCUGAAUAUAGUUGUGUGUGUCUUGUUUAUAGGGUGUUGUCCGUGUCACUGAUUGCACUGUUGCCGUCUGUCCUGAAAACUUGAAAAAUUUUGAUAAAAUAGACACCUAUUUCAAUAAAGCUGUUACUUUGUACUAUU